UAUGUUUGAGAAAUUUUUGUUGAUCAACAUCAACUAGACUAGGCCUUGUAGCAUCAGGAAGUGAAGAGGAAAUGUGUGUCUUAGGCCCGGAACAAGGACGUUAAGCCCCAUGCAUCAAUCAGGUGAAGAGGAAAAGAUGAGUCUGCUGCAUAAAUGCAUGUCUUGGUGAACACAGAUCACCAGGUUCAUGAAUAUGAACAAGAUAAACUUCAAAAUGAGGAGAGUGAUCGUGCCAUUACUGGUAAUCUGUGUAUUGGCAUUGUACAUAUUCUUCAGACAAUGGUCAGUCCAGCCAGCUACUCUUGAAAACACAUCUGCCAGUAUGUUAGUCAGGGCCAAACACUUGCAUGAAAGGUCGUAUGAAAUUUACUUUAACAGAUUUGAAGAACAAACAUUUUCUCAGGAGAUUGUAAGACAUGGACAUGAUAUUAUGAAGAAAUCAGAUGUGGUGUUGUUUGGGAUGCUGAAUGAGGCUUAUAUUCCAUUUACAUACAGCUGGCUGUGUAACACCAAGCCUAUGGGAAUCCAUGCUAGUGUCCUUCUACUUACCAUGGACACAAAUUCUACUGACCUUCUCAAGCGGGACUGGCCAGAAGUUCAUACCAUCCACCUAGCUGUUGGUGAUUUCAAAGGUGACCAGGAAUAUAGUAAAGCAGGGUAUGUAAAGAUGAUGAACCUAAGGACACAGGCAAUAAACUUACUGCUCAGAAACAAAAUCCCACUGCUUCUUUUUGAGACGGAUUGUUUAUGGAUACAUAACCCUAUUCCUGAGAUUGUUCAGGCAGUUAAAAAUCAUGACAUUUUGGUCGUCAAGCCAACACACAAGCAUGGCUAUCUUGGUGGGUUCAUGUGUCUGAUGCCUGAAGAGACAACUUUGAAAGUGUGGGGCAAGUUGUCAGAGAGAAUGUAUAAGCUUCAUAAUAGUCUAACAAAUCUCAAAGACAAAGAAACUGUUGCUGAUGAAACAAAUGAUCAGGUAUUUUUCUCCACUAUUGUGGAACAAGAAAAAAAGAUUAAAUUAUAUGAGUUUUCAAAUAAGAAAAUAGUGGAUGGAAAAUGGUAUAUUGAUUUCACAGAGAAAGAUAGAAGAGAAAUGAAGCCACUUAUCAUCAAUAAUAAUUGGGUAAGAGGGAACAAAAAGAAAAUCGCCAGAGCCAAGAAAUGGGGACACUGGUUUGUGUCAAAAAGUCUGAAAUGCAACAUAACACAAGUGAAUAGAAUAGUUGAACUUUAACAUUUUAAUGGUGCUACUAUAGAUUUGUUGAAAUUAGCCAUAAUAAAGAUAUUACUGGAAUAACAUACAGUCGAACCUGUAAUAGGACACCUUUAUAUAGCGAACACCUGUCCAUAACGGACAGUUUCAGGAAUCCCCAAUGAACAUCACUAUAUGAAUAUCAUGUAUAUAGUGGACACCUUCCUAAUUCGGACAGCGGACACUUAUUUUUGUCCGUAAAGGGUGAAGGUCACUCACUUUUUUAGUGAGGGCUGGUAGCUAUAGGGGACUUGUAUUGCUUAGCAAUACCCAAUAUGUUUGUUAGUAUGGUGCUAAUUGUUAUACAUUUAGUUGUUAAUUUCUGAUGUUUUGGAAGCUCAAAUGGAUGCAAUAUCCCAAUACUAUACUACAAUACCUACAUGUACAGGGCAUCCAGGACACAAUAGAAAGUCUAUUUGACUUAGGUUUUAACCCUUCACAUUUCUGAGAAAUAGAGAAUUGACUUCUGAAAUUGCUAAAUAGCAAGGGUCAGCUGGAUGUCAUGACCUAUAUGUGUCUGAAUUUUAUUUUUUGAUAACGUGUAUGUUAUCCUAAUUUUUAAUUUCCUUUGUUUCAUACAUAUUGAUUUACUGAGACAAAUCAUAUACAUGUAUACUAUACCUGAAAUGAACACAAACAAAUAUAUGAUAUAAAAGUCAGGAUAUCAACAUCAACAAGAAAAAGUUAUUUUUGAACAAUUUCAUAUUGAGAGUAAAAUGGCAAUAGGGAUUUGUUAAAAUGUGAGUGCUACUAGUCAGAAAUAAUACAGAAUCUAAAUUAUGUUACUAUAAGGUCAAAUUUGGUAAAAACUAUAAGAACAACUAUAUACUACAUGUAUUUAGAUGAAAGUAAUUUUGUUUGACAUUGAGUGUUUGAACAGAAGUCACACUGAUGUAUCAAAUAUCAAGUUAUAUUUACAU